CCCUUUUGUGUAAGUGCCUGGCAGGGAUGACCCGGCCCUUCCUGGGAGCACAGCUGCAGCGCAGCUCGCAGGAGGCUGCCCUCCCAGAUCCUCCCCUCAGGCUUUGUCAGAGGUAGGGGACAUGCACCCCGAGGGCCUCCGCUCGGCCUGACCCUGCUGCAGGGCCGCUCUGUCCCCAGUCCCAGUGGAGAUGGCUAGUUUAUUGAGGUCCUCUUUGCCCAGCUGCCUUCCCUCCCUCCUCCUCCUCCUCCAGCUGUCUUGCAGCUCUGCAGGACAGUUCAGAGUAAUAGGGCCAGGCCACCCCAUCCGGGCGCUGGUGGGGGAUGAAGCAGAGCUGCCGUGUCAUAUCUAUCCCGGGAAGAACGCCACAGGCAUGGAGGUGGGCUGGUACCGGCCGCCCUUCUCCAGGGUGGUCCAUCUGUACCGAAAUGGCAAGGACCAAGAUGCAGAGCAGGCACCCGAAUAUCGGGGGCGGACCGAGCUGCUGAAAGAAACCAUGGGCGAGGGGAAGGUGACCCUCAGGAUCCGGAAUGUGAGGUUCGCAGAUGAAGGAGGUUUCACCUGCUUCUUCCGGGAUCAUUCCUACCAGGAGGAGGCGGCAAUGGAACUGAGAGUGGAAGGUGAGUGUCUGCGGGGGAAGACCUCCCUCUGAGACUUUCAUCACUCCCUCCUCGAGAUGCGACCCGUACAGCCCAAACAUCCCACUCCCGUGUCUGGCUGUCCGGGUGGGGAGGAAGCUGGAUCAAAGCCAAUGCCAGGAGCAGGGAAAUGAUGGAAUCUGCACUGUUACCCAAACCCUGAUAGGUUGUCUUAGGGCUGUGCCCCACGGCUGGGGGGCACUGUGUGAGGGGCUGUUGGAUGUAGGGAACAAGCAUGGGACUUCAUGUUCCUGGAUGCAGGUGUACAUGCAGAGACACUGCAGUAAAAUAUGAAAGGAUCCCAUAAGACAGUUAAGUGACUGUGGUUCACUCUGGGGGAGGAGGGACAGGAGGGAGGAUGGAGUGUGAUCCAGCCAGAGGAGACACCAGAAUUAUAGGGCCAUGUGUAUGAGUUAAUAGAAAAGAGCUGAAAAUAAGUACAUUUGUGAGCACACAUAGAGAAAGCAUAAACAAAAAAAAUUUUUAAAUAAAAUAAAAACCAAAGUAAAAAAGCUGAGAAAUAGAAGCAGCACAACCCAAAAUAAUCCAUUUCUGAUUGUUUUUUGCCACUAGAAGGGGAUGUGAAUAACCUGAAGGUUAAUUCCAGUGUCAGUGUGGACUUUCUUCCUUCCAUGUUUGGCUUUGGAAUGUCCCCUGGUUUGUCAUAAACAAAGGCACGAUUCCUAAGGAAUGACCAAAAUGAUCAAAAUGACCAAAUCCCACUACAGUGGAUACCUCAGUGGAUGUAUUUGUGGUGUUUUAUUAGACAAGGAACAUCACUGAAAAAUGCAUUCCUGGCAAACGUGGUCCAAGUAAAUACACAAAUGGAGCAAAUGUGUGAAAGAAAGACGCCACCUUCCGAAUUCCCUCUUUUGGUGCCUUUUGUAUGAUGGGGAUUUUGGCAUUUGGUUUUUGGUCCUCUCACAGGCUGGUUAAGAUGUGCACAGGGUGGGAGAGGGAGACUUACAGUUCCCUGCAAUCGACUGAAGAACAGUGUCUCAAGGUCCGUUCCCUCCUCCGCACCUGCUCAUCAGACAAUCCAUCGCUUCUGUGUGUCGCGGCCAGAAGAUGGCAUUGUGUGCGCAAUAACAAAGCCCUGUUUCUGGAGGAGGGUGUCCGGGAUGUGAAAAUGGCUUUGUGUGCCGCAGACUAUGUGCACGCAGCUGGUCCUACUGGGGGGUUGUACCUGCAGGGACGUGUGAUCCUGAGGACCACCCAUGUGCAGCUUUUCCGCCUUCCUGUGCUGUGUCAGCCUCCCCCCAGCACAGCCCCCACCCCCAAAGACAAGAAGAAAGGGAGGGA